CCUUCUUUGGUGGCAUCAAAGAGGACUUUCUGGUGUUGCUUCACGGUGGUGGGACAGGAGAUGACGGGACAGGAACUGAGUGGCUUCUUUGGCCGCAAUGACUUUGGAGUUCACCUUCUUCUCCGUCUUCUUCUCCUCCGUUCCAGCUGCCAAAUGGACAACCAAACCUUGGAGAUGGAUGGAGAAGACCUUCCGCGGCCUUCGAGGGUCAAAGAGGGGCCAAAAAAGGAGGUCCAGAAGAUGAAAUGGUCCCUCCUGAAGGUCUUCUUGAUGUGUCUUCUGGCGUGUGUGGUCACCACAACUCUCGGAGUCCUCAUCCUCUCCUUGGUCUACUUGAAGAAUCCCCUUUAUCUCCAAGUGGUGGACCUCAAAACUGAAGGUCCACCUUCUCCCAAACCAGAAGAAAACAACGUGGACAUCAAAUUCCAGUUCCUCAAUCAUCUCCAAACUUCAAAGGUCCACCGUUAUCCCGGUGGAGAGAUCCAAUGGGGGAGGUUCCGAGAGGACCUUGGACAAUACGAUAGUCCUCAAGAGAUGACUUUUGGCCAAAGUCUCAACCGCCGUCGCUCGAAGAUGACUUUCGCAACGUUGAAGAUCAAAUCUCGAGGCCUUCGAGUCCCUCAUUGGCAUUUCAACGCCAACGAACACGGAUACGUCCUCCAGGGCUCGGUCUGGGUUGGAGUCAUCUCCUCCGAGGACCCAACGGUCACCACCUACACGGUCAGCGCUGGACAGGUCUUCUUCUUCCCCCGAAACACCGUCCAUUGGUUGAAGAACGUUGGCCUUCAAGACUGUGUCCUUCUGCUCUUCUUCUCCACCCACCACGAACUUCAGACCAUGGACGUGGACGAUGCCUUCUUCUCCACUCCAGAGGACAUCGUGGCGAGAGCUUUCAAGCCUCGCGGUGGUGUCAACUUCAUCCGUACCUUCAAGAAACAACUUGAAGACCAAGCGGUCAAUUUACCGCCCAACUUAGACCUUCUCCUUCACAACGUCACCUACGGACAAUCUCCGGCCGAGAAGGUCUGGAGAUACUUCUAUGAUCUUCAAGGGUCGGCCACGUUUCCUUUCCCCGGAGGCCUCUUCCAGUGGGCUCCUUACCAGAGAGACACCACCACCUUCACCCACCUGGAGAAGAUCUUCAGCGACUCCUUGAACACGCAUGAAGACACUCUGACCUUGGCCACUCUCCGCAUCUUCAGCAACUCUUUGGGACAACCUCAUUACCACUUCAACGCUAACGAGAUGGGUUACGUCGUCAGCGGCUGCGGAGAGGUUGGCCUCAUUCUCUCCGGUGUCUCCUCCAACUUCAACAUCGCCAUCGGAGAUGUCUUCUUCUUCCCCGUUGGAACUCAACACUACAUCAAAAGCACCUGCGAGGAGGACCUUCUCCUCCUCCUGGCCUACAGCACAGGAGAGCAGUUGGAGACCCUUCGCAUGAAGGACUAUUUCCGCCUCACGGUUGACCACAUUCUGGCUCAGCUCUUCUGGAAGGACCAAAAGGACUUCCAGAACUUCUCCGGAUCUUCUCAGAAAUGACCUCCAAACCCCUUUGGAGGUCCUUUUGGACCAUCUCAAAGGACUUUGACCUCCUGGAAGAGAUUAAAAGCCGUUCCCACCGCUUUGAGCUCCGUCUGCUUUGGACUUCCCCCUCAGGUGGAGGUGACCCCGAGAGGUCCCCAAAGCUCCUGC